AUGGGCUCCCGGCAUGAGAUAAACUCUAGUGCAGUGCGCAAACGCAUUGAAAACCAUGACUUCCACGAUGAAGGAGGGGAGGAGUAUGAGGCCUCUAGCUUUGGUGGUUUUGGAGACUACAUGCGCCGGAAAAAAUUGAAGUUACAGAAUCUUGAUGCGGAAAUUCGAGCUUCAGCUGGCGAUUGCUCGCCAAUAUUCCGUGGUGUAGUUGCCCAUGUCAAUGGAUACACUCAACCUUCCCUGCAAGAUCUGCAUCGUCUGAUAGUUAGCCAUGGGGGUGGCUUUCUUCAAUAUCUAGAUGGAAAGACUGCAGCCACUCAUAUCAUCGCCAGCGCUCUGACACCCAAGAAGCGUGAAGAGUUUCGCCGCUACCGCAUAGUGAAACCUGCGUGGGUGACAGACAGCAUCAAAGCAGGACGUCUGCUGCCAUGGGAUGAAUUUAGAGUAGUAGAUGAAGGUCAGGCACAGAGGGUGCUCAAGUUUGAUGAUGGCCGGUUUAUCAGCCAGACAAAUAGCCCUCGCCCAGGUUACAAAGAUCAGUCAAAGACUAGCUGGUAUAACUCUCAGAUCCGAGAUAUGAGCACCACUGAAGGGGGCUUUUGCUCUUCACCCAAGCCUGCGAUCCCGUCUGCGUUGUCUGAAGCUUCACAGAUGGUCGCAUCCACCACACCGAGCCAGCCAUCUCAGUCAGACUAUGGUGAUUUCCCUAGCUUCACUCUAGCGGAAGAGGAGGAAGCUCAUGGCAUUCAGGAUCAACUAGAGGCACCAGUCGGUGAUGCAACACAAGCUAUAAUGCCACAUCAAUUUCCCAAUCCCAAUCAAUUGCCCACUUCACCAGAUCCAGUCGUUGACCUCGAACCAACCUCACUUCUCGAACAAACUGAGGCAAAAAAGCCCAACUUGACCUCUGAAGAGUACAACGCACAGCUGCUUUCUGACCCACGGAUGCACAAUUCCUCUGUUGUCAAUCCGGAAUUUCUGCAGCAGUAUUAUAAGGAGUCUCGCCUCCAUCAUUUGUCAACCUGGAAGGCUGAUUUGAAAGCCCAACUGCAAGCCGCAAUGAAGGAGAAUGCACAGUCACAGAUAUCGAAAAAGAAACCCGUGCCUGGAUCGAGGCGGUACAUUCUACACGUGGACUUCGACUCAUUCUUUGCAGCUGUCUCACUUCUGAAUCAUCCCGAGCUCAAAGACAAGCCAGUUGCUAUCGCUCAUGGAUCUGGAUCAGGCUCCGAGAUUGCUAGUUGUAAUUAUCCUGCACGUGCCCGAGGCGUCAAGAAUGGGAUGUGGAUGAAAGGUGCUUUGCAAUUAUGCCCUGACCUCAAAGUCCUGCCUUAUGACUUCCCUGCGUAUGAAGAUGCGAGUCGCAAGUUUUAUACGUCGAUACUUGCCAUUGAUGGUACUGUGCAGAGCGUUAGUAUCGAUGAGGCUUUGAUUGAUGUCACAAAUUUAUGUGUGGAAGCUGGCGGGUCAGACGGAAAGGCUAUAUCUGAAGGGUCGAUUUACCGCGAGCAGGCCAAAGCGGACGAAAUUGCUCAAGGUCUACGCGAUUCAAUCAAAGAAAAGACCGGAUGCGCAGUCUCUGUCGGAAUUGGCAACAAUAUUUUGCUUGCGAAAGUGUCUCUCAGAAAAGCCAAGCCUGCAGGGCAGUUUCAAUUAAAGCCAGAUGCUGUUCUAGACUUUAUUGGAGAUCUCACCGUCCGUGAUCUUCCUGGAGUGGGCAAUAGCAUGGCAAUGAAACUCGAAGAGCUAGGUGUCAAGUUCGUCAAAGACAUCAGAAAUCUCCCGAAAGAGAGACUGAUAUCUGGUUUAGGACCCAAAACUGGAAUCAAAUUGUGGGAGUACACUCGUGGAAUCGAUCGAACAGAAGUCGGCGACCAAGCCAUGCGGAAAUCCGUUUCGGCCGAGGUCAACUGGGGCAUUAGAUUUGUCAAUCAGGACCAAGCAGAUGACUUUGUGCGGUCUCUGUGCGACGAGCUGAAUCGAAGAUUGAUGGAAAAUCUGGUGAAGGGAAAACAGCUCACAUUAAAGGUUAUGCGCCGAUCGAUGGACGCUCCACUGGAACCGGUCAAGCAUCUCGGUCAUGGAAAGUGUGAUACAUUCAACAAGAGCGUCGCUCUUGGCGUUGCAACCAAUGUACCAGAGGUCAUUGGGAAGGAAGCAAUAUCGAUGUUAAGAAGUUUCAAUUUUUCACCAGGAGACUUGAGAGGUCUAGGUGUGCAAAUGACCAAACUUGAACCAAUCAAGUCUGGCCCUUCAGGUCCUUCAGGCCACGAGAGCAGCCAGCGGCAACUCAACUUCCAUAGGUCUCCACCUCGCAAGAAGGUCAUUCCAGAUGUAGACCCCGACGAGCUGGAGAGUCCACAGAAAGAUGACUCCGUUCGUAUUCAAGCGGACCCAGUACUUGGCGAUAGUGCCCACAAGCCACUCAAUAUAUCCGGGUCCCAGUUUAUUAUGCCCACUCAAGCCGAUCCCAAAGUCCUCGCUGAAUUGCCCACGGAUAUCAGAUCAAGGCUUGUUGCACAAGCAAAGCCGCGCCGGGAUUCUCGCUCUGGGUCUCCUUGUCCUCCCCCGCGCGAAGGCCGACAGUCCGCUCAAGCAGACCUUCCCCCCCAGUCCCAACUGGACCCAGAUGCAUUGGCUGCAUUACCAGAAGAUGUCCGCAAAGAAGUACUGGGAUAUUAUAACCACUCAGCCACUAUCGCUGCGCCGCCGCCCGCGCCGGCAGUACCAGAGUCACGCCCAUCAACCUCCAGCUCUCUCAAGCUGAGAAGACCGGUCUCACCACCCAAAAAGAGACGUGGCCGCCCACCCAAGUCGGCAACGAUUUUGAACAAGCCUAAGCCCAAACCUUUGAACCAAUCAAGCUUUGGGUUCGUUCUUCCACGCCCAGCAGCCGUAUCUAAUAAUUUUGAUGAUGACACCUUGUCUAGACAAGCGUCACCAAUCGUCGAAGAGCGAGUCGAACCUUCAGCUGAAUUUCUGGCUGCUUUACCCGAAGAUAUCAGACAAGAACUCCUUGAAGAACAAAAACGUUUGCAACAGCGCUCGCGAGGUAUUGAAACUGCGCAAAGACCUCCAUCUCGGGCACAGGAGGCUCCUCAUUCUGCACCAAUUGCCGUAGAGAAGCUUCUACCUCUACCCCCUCUCCCCAAGCGUCCCGUCUUUACAUCACAGCACUUAUCCCAACUGCCAGACCUACGAAAUGCUGUUGGCUCAUGGCAUGAAGUAUUUGCAACGGGCGGCCCAUAUGGUGAAGACGUCACUUCGUUAUGUAAAUAUCUGUCCAGUGUGACAUUACAUGAGAAGGAUGUCGACAAAGCUGUUUCUGUAGUACGCUGGUUGAUGUGGUUGGUUGGUGAACACUCGCAGCAGCAGAGGCCUCAAGAGCCACCAGGGUCCCGACCCGAGGGAACUAUAAACUGGGAAGAGGCUAUAGAGACUAUGCAGUACAGUGUCCAGGUGGCUCUGGAACAGAGAGAGCUUCCCCCAGUGGACUUUUCGUAA